CUUUAGUUAUCUACGUCGUUAUCAGUGGAUUUUCGUGAAGAAUAAAGGGAAGAUCCCGAAAAAAGGAAAGCGAUACGAUUUCGCCCGGACGGUCUUGGUCACAGUUUCCAUCGCACGCUACGAUGUGUGUCCAGAACCGAGUGUGAAUUCUUCCGGAACAGGAGCAGGCAAAAGAAAUGGAGUCCCAGGUUCUACUUCCAUUCGGGCGGUCUUUAUUUUACCUGCUGGUCAGUGGUUUACUACUCUCGGCUACGGCACGAGGCGGUGACAUUAUCGACAUCACUAGCCAGGCGUUCGACAAGCUGACCGAUGCGAUCCCUGCGGCAUACGGAGAUUUCAACUCGGACGAGUUGACCGACGUGUUUGUGCUGCGAAACAACUUCCACACGCUCCAGAUACUGCUCGGCAGUGAGGACAAACCGUUACUGCAGGAGGGCCCGCGAUGCGACUACCGGAACCAUCGGAUUACGAGCAUAGUGCCGGGCGAUUUCGAUGGCGACGCUUACAUGGACGUGCUUUUUACCGUACAGCACGAGGGCAGUUCUAUCGAGGAUUACACGUACGUUUACAUCAACUGGGGAUCCUCGGAGCAGAUGAACUGCACGGCGGAGGACGAAAAGCCGCUGAUCGAGAUGAUUGGCCAACCGCUGGCACUGGACUACGAUAACGAUUUCAUCAUCGAUCUCUUCGGCAUGGACAUGAAGCGGCAGCGAACGUUUUGGAUCUUCAAAAAACCAGACGAUACCGGCCGGGGAGGCCCCUUUCCGGUGCGGCUGGACAACGGGAAGCACGGAUCGGAGCUCUCGAUACCGCACUCACACGCCAUUAUCGAUCUGGAUAAGGACUUCAGUGCGGAUCUGUUUCUCACGACGACGACCGGGUUCGAGGUGUGGCACGGAACGGAAAGCGCGCGCAAGUUUGUGUACAGCCACAAGAUAGACUUUCCGGACGGCAACUACAACAAGCACGUCGGCCGAGCCAUCUUUCUCGACGUGGAACUCGACGGCAGCUUGCUGCCCGUGUUUCCGAUGUGCUUCGAUGCGAAGUGCGUCAACUCGAGCAUCCUGGUGUACCACGGGAACCAUCUGCACGACCUGCAGAUCGACUUCAAGGACGACCACAACGAUGCGUGGCACUUUGUGGUCCCGGACCGUUCAAACUGGGCCACGCAAACGAUCACACUCCGGGGCGGCGACUUCAAUCUCGACGGUUAUCCGGAUUUGCUGGCCACGCUCACCAAAACGGGUGACCAGAUGCAAACCUUUCUGCUGGAGAAUGUGCCGUGCGAGAAGAGUGCCUGCAAUCACAUGACCCGCACGUUCGCCGUCCGGUGGAAAGCGUUGGCCCCGUUUUCAAACGGAACGAUGAUCGGUUCGUUUUUCGACUUCUACAACGACGGCAUCCUGGAUGCGAUCUUUGUCGAGCGGUACGGCAACAGCACCCGGCCGGUAGCGUUCCGUAAUUCUCUCGAUUACGAUGCCAACUUUGUGAAGGUGAUCGUGCUGACGGGGCUCAGCAAUCGGAGCGGACCGAAGAAACUGACGCCACUCGGGCGAAAGAAACGUACAUUCGGUACGAACCUACCGGGGCCACGGAUCGAGUACAACACGACGACGCAGGACGGUGAGCCACAGCACGGCGCAUCGGCCCAGCUCCCGCAGUCGGCAUACCUUUCGUUGCACCUUCCGUUCACCACGUUUGGGUUGGGCCGGACACCGAACUUUGUCGAUACGCUUACGGUGGGACUGUCGAACCAUUCGCGCACCUGGACGCAGCUUAUUCCCAACUCGCAGAUGAUCGUCGUCCCGAACCCGAUCGAGGAGCCGGAACGGUGGAAGGCGCAACUAUUCGUGACACCGAGCAAGCUGAUCCUGAUGAGCGUCAUUGCGCUCAGUGGCAUCUGCCUGGUAAUACUGCUGCUGAUUCUCAUCCUGUACGCGAAGGAGAAGCGCGAAGAUCGAAUACAGCGAUCACUUGAAGCGCAUCGAUUCCAUUUUGACGCAAUGUAAGUGAGAGCCAGAGAGACCGCGAAGCAGAUCGAAUAGUCUUCUUACGAGUACGCUGUGUUAAAUGGGCGGCAGGCGCUUCGGGAAGGAGCUCCCGGCUAAGGCUAACAACUGUUUCUAUACUGCGAUAUACACCUAGUUGAUAACUACACUACUUUAAAAGUUCUUUUAUUUCCCUUUUCAUCAACACUUUCUCAAACCGUUGACAAGCGUGUCUUUUCGAUUUUGUAUCUUUUGAAAAACCUAUUUUCUGUAAGCAGAAGUAAACCCCCUAUUUAUUGUAUGUGAACGCGUGAAUAAAG